AUGGCCACUGCACCUGCUCCCAUGAACUACUCUCCAAAGAGACUGAUUGUGUGUUGUGAUGGCACCUGGAUGAACUCGGAGAGCGGCUACGUCAAGCCCACCCUCUGGAAUCGCAAGGGCUCCCUCCAGAUCCCGUCCAACGUGACCCGUAUCUCGAGAUGUUUCCGCCGUAGGUGCAGCGACGGCCGGGUUCAGGUCAUUGAGUACGAGUCGGGCGUCGGCACGGGGAGCAACACCCUCGACACCCUGACCGGCGGCGCCUUCGGCCUCGGUCUUGGAGAGAGAGUCCGCAACAUCUACAGCUUCCUCUGUGCAAACUACUGCGACGGCGACGAGAUUAUCCUUGUCGGCUUCUCGCGUGGCGCCUACAUAGUCCGCUCCGUCGCCGGCAUGAUCGCCGACCUGGGCCUCUUGACCCGUGAGGGGGUCGAGAACUUUUGGCCCAUCUUCAAGGACAUGGAGAACUGGAACAACCACCGCUACCGCGACGAGUUCCCCACGGUGCCGUUCGACAACAAGCCCAAGGGCGAGGGCGCUGCGGAUGUUUACCGUUCCAGGUUGAAGAAGCUUGGCAUGACGCGUGUUCGUCAAGAAGAAGGAAAUGGCGAGAUUAUCAAGGUCAAAGCUGUCGCCGUCUGGGACACCGUCGGUAGCCUGGGUAUUCCCCAAAUUGCUUGGCUCAACAAGCUCGGUAUCUACGCAUCGAACCGGGAGUUCAGAUUCUGGGACACGAGCCUUUCGGACAGAGUUGAGCACGCCUUCCAGGCCCUUGCCCUUGACGAGACACGCUACUCUUUCCAGCCAGCUGUUUGGGAACGCCUAGAGGCUAACCGGCUGUCGACUGAUCUCCGACAGGUCUGGUUCCCCGGCAACCAUGGGAACUGCGGUGGUGGCUGGAACGACCAGGGGAUGGCCAAUAUCACGCUUGCUUGGAUGAUGGACCAGCUGGCGUCGAUUGGUGUCGAGUUCAACCAUACCGUCCUUGAGCGCUGCGUACAACAAUCCAGUUCUUUCUACCAAUCGCAGAUGAAACAAAAGAGUGUUUUGCAGUGGGCCAUGGAGCCAAUCUACAGCCAGAACUACCCUCUGCGGCCUUGGGGCCUGGGCGCUAUCCAGAAGACGUCGAACCUGCUUUAUUCCUUGGCCGGGAAGAUUGUCCGCUCGCCCGGCCUGUACAGGCAGGUCAAUGCUACAACGGAAGCCCGGAGCGGCAACUUUCUCAAGGAUACGAACGAACGUAUCCACUCGUCAGUGCGAAUCCGUCUGGCCUGCAAAGGCCUCGGCCUCAAUGAUGCUGGCGUAUGGGACAACCCCGCCAUGAAGAAAGACUGGAAGUUGGUCCGAACAAAGGCCCAGUACGACGAUCCGGUGCCGAGUCACCCGGCUUGGGAGCCGGAAGAGGACAGGGAGGGAUGUAUGAAACAUCCUUCCGAGUGCGAGGACGGUCGUUGGGUCUGGGAGUACUGCGGGCCGGAGGAGAAGGCUCCUACCAGCCCUUUGGCGAGGGUCAUGGUCGAGGAACCCCUGGGACCUUUCGAGCGUCACUUGCUGAAAUUGACGGGCGGCACCCCCAGUGUGUACCAGCAAGCUCUUGAGACCUCCCAGUAG